AUGAACAACUCAGCUCUCUUCUCCGCAAUCCCUGCACUCGAGGUAUCCAUGGGUAUGACUGAAAUUCAGUCCACUUGGAUCAUGAGUGCAUUCCAGUUGACCUUUGCAUCUUUCCUGCUUAUCAGCGGCCGCAUCAGCGACGUAUACAACCCAAAAACUACGUUCAUUGCGGGUGUAUCGGGCCUUGGUGUCAUCUCGCUGUGCGCUGGAUUUGUUAAUGAAACCAUCCCGAUCAUUGUUCUCAGAGCGUUGAUGGGAAUAGCUUCUGCGAUGACAAUCCCCUCUGCGCUGACACUCCUGGUCAAAGUAUUUCCCGAUCCACUUGACCAAGCUCGCGCAAUAGGGAUAUAUGGAGGCUCCGCAUCCCUCGCUAACGUCCUCGGUCUCAUGAUUGGGGCAAUGUUCGUCCAAUGGGCAUCUUACCACUGGGUAUUCUGGUUUGUAGCCGUCGUGGCAAUGCCAGCGGCUCUAGCCUGUAUCGUCAUCAUACCACCAGAAAUUUCUAACACCACAAACAACCUUAAACCUGCAGCAGCGAAAUGGAAAAGCCUUGACAUACUCGGCGUAAGCAUCCUAACUGCUGCCCUAAUUUUGUUCAUCUUCGCUGUGACAUCCGGCUCUACUGGUGGCUGGGCAUCCGUAAUGGUGCUGGUCCCGCUGAUCACAUCAAUCUUGAUGGUGAUUGGCUUUUUCUACUGGGAAACACGCAUACCUCUGGAUAUAGCUGCAAUACCACCACGGACAUGGUUUUAUCACAAUUUCUCCAUUCUUUUCGUCGUAGCGCUCUUGCCAUUCCUUUGGUGGAGCACAGUCUUCCUAAUUUUUACCACCCUGUGGCAAAACGUACAGGGGUGGUCGGCGAUAUCAUCGGCUGUAUACAUGUGGAGUCUUCAUUGUUACUCCAUGUUACCAAUCAUUAAAUUGUUUUUGCUUACUAGGCUUCCGAUGGGUGUCAUAUCCUUCAUGAUGAGUUUCACCGGAUCGCUUUCUCGAAUCUUCAGUCCGAAAUGGAUUAUUCUCACUGGCCUGUCAUUUUGCAUGGUCUCGACCGUAUUGCUGGCGCUUGGUGGGGGAAGUCCUCGGGAUUAUUGGCAAUAUAUAUUCCCAGCUUUUACUAUAGGAAGCGCAGGGGCCAUGCUGACAUAUACACACACAAACAUUGCUAUCUUUCAAGCUGCACCUUCCUCCAUGGCAGGCACGGUUGGUGCCAUCUUUAACGGCGCUCUUCAAUUUGGAUCAGCUAUUGGCCUCGCUGGUGUCAGCUCGAUAGAGACGUCCGUGGAGGCCAUCCAUGGGGGCCCAUACGAGUAUCGCGGACGAGCCGCAGCAUUUUGGUUCCUCUUUACAGUAAUCUCCAUUCAAUUCAUUUCAGUCUCAAUAUUCUACGACCGCAGUACGGACCACAUACCUCAACCAGAACACGGCAACUCCGCAAAUCCCGCUCAACCGAAAACGCACUUUGACACAAAGCUAAACGAUGCGAAGGUGAUUGUGAUCGGAAAAGCUGAGCUGGUAGAUCUGCUGGUGUAA